AUGAAGGUGCCUAAUAGGGUCAAAAUCUUUGCAUGGAGAGCUUUUAAAAAUGGACUGCCCACUCGAAGGAAUCUGAAGGCUCGGCAUAUAGUGCAGGAAGCUCUUUGUGAAUGGUGUACAGAGGGGGAGAAGGAUGUGGCACAUGCAUUAUACUAUUGCCUCUCUGUAAGGCAGUCGUGGAAGCACUAUUUUCUUGUGUUAAUGACAGAUGAUGCUCAAUUAGAUAUUAUACAGCUUGCUCUCAAGGUGAUGAGUAAAAGAAAACCUGAAGAUCUUGAUAAAUUCUUUCUCAUUGCUUGGAGCAUGUGGCAUAGAAGAAACCAGAAGGUUUUUGAAAAUAAAAUCUUACCAACAGACCAAGUUAUUGUGCAUGCUCUGAUAUUGGCUAAAGAUUAUAAAGAAGCAAGAUUUCAGAAACAAAAUAGAAAGCUUUCCAGUUGCUGUUGGCAGGCUCCUCCUCAAAAUGCAUUGAAGUUAAAUGUAGAUGGAGUUGUUUUUGACACUCUAAAUAGAGUACGCGUGGGUCUUAUUUUAAGAAAUACUUCCUGUGAAGUGAUCUUGGUUGCUAGUAUGCAGGAAAAUGGAGUGGAAAUUGAGCUCCUUGCUAUAUUGAGAGGGUUACAAUCUGCAUUCCCAUAG